UUUCCCUAAUUUACUCCACAGACUCUGAGGGGAAAAGUCUUACUCCUGACUCUGCUGUUACUGUGCCAGUAAAUAGUGAUUCACAUGUAACAGGCUGCAAGUCAACGACUCAUUUUUUCCGACGACUUCAGGCACCAGAGGAGCGUCGCAGCUCUCACAGCUCCGUCGCUGGGGUUCGUUUCUUUGCAAGUUUGGAGAUGCUCCAGGGGGCGGUGAGCAGGGCCGUGCUCUGCCUGUCCUGCUCCCUCCUGCUGGUGGUCCACCUCCCAGCAGAGGGUGCAGGGGCAGCGGAGCCUCUUCCUUCUUUUCCUGCUAAACAGGAGUCUGUGGAACCAGACUUUGAGGAUUGGGAAUGGGGCUCUGGAUCAUCUCUUCUGCACCUGCUUAACAGUUUCCCUGCUGACAGCCCCUUCGUAACAGAGACCCCAGGAAAACCAGUCAACUGCACCCAGCGUUUCUGGUUGCCACCGUCCUCUGCAAUCUGCUGGGAAAACAUAGCCGGCCCCAAGGAGUUUGCCAAAUCCCGUCUGCUUGCUCUCCAGAACAGGGCUGCCCUGCAGGCUGUGUCCACCACCAGCGGGGUAGAGGAGGGAGGGAUGUCCUAUGAGCAUCAAGCCAGAGAGGAGGUCCAGGGGAUCCACUCAGACCACCAGAGUGUGGUAGAAACUAUGCAGACCAUGGAGGACGUAUUUGUCUCUCUGCAGGAGAAGAGGAGAGAGGGAAAGGAGCAGGGGGUCCUCACAAGCAUGAAGGAGCAUCUCGCCAACACGAGGAACGCCAUAGAGGGAAGAGAGCACAUGGCAAACAUCCUGGAGAAUAAGUUUUCUACUUUAGAAAAUACUCUGCUCAACAUGCAGUUUCGACUCAACAAACUCAUCCAACAGUGACAAUAACCGGUGGUCUUAUUUGAGCUGUAUUUAUAUAUUCAUGUGUUGUACAACAAUGUAGCAAAUGCAUGCAUGCUCAGGAUUAUGGUAGUCUGUAGUACGGAAACAGAGCACAUCUUGUGUCAUCAAAGUGCCUUAAAGUAACGAGUAAACUGAAAUCAGCAGCGAUCAUUAAACCUCACAUUGUCAGGGAGCUUAGCUGUUAAAUCAUGUUUUAUAUUUCCAGUUUGCAGACAUGUUCUACAUGGAGAUUUCACAGUCACGCUAACAGCCUCUAGUAAAAACCGCAAGACACUUUUGUAGCUUGGAACCAAAUAAUCUACUUGUUUAACACAUCAUUCAGCAUUAAUAAACUGCAUCUAUCUCUCCAA